CAAGAACUUAUAAAAUUUGUGAAUAAAUGGGGAAUAAAAUACCAAAAACCUACAGUGAAUUUGAAAGGAACCUUCAUAAGAAGCAGAACAACUUGACGGCGAAGGAACAUUUUGUACAAAUGUUAAAAUAGCAAAGGCAUGCUUAACAGUAUUAAUUGCAAAGAGGAUUCUGAAAACCUCAAUAAGGAAAUAUACAAGAUCCUUUUCAGUGAUCUCAAUAAGGUAAAAUAGCUCCAAAACUGGAUUCCAUGGUGCUUCACCUGAACUUUCACUAGAAGCAUUGCAGAAAAAAUCUAAAAUAACAGAGGGAGAACAUUCUGGGAAAAUAUUUAUUGUCAAAUACGGAGAUGAUCUUCCUGAUAAAGCUAUUAUUGUUAACAAGAAGAAUCAUGAAGAACAAAAAGAUCCCCAUGGGGAUGGCCCCAAUGAACUGACUUGUGGAUGGCUCAUCAGCGAGGUUAUUAGAACUUAUGAGGAGUAUUUUGAAAAGAGAUCAGAAUCCCUAACGUCCCAAGAUACACAAUAUUGCAGCAAAUUGUCAUCCUAUUCAAGUCCAAGGAAAGACAAUUCCCAAAGGAAGUUAAUAAUAGGGCUCAAAGUAGCAGGGGAAGGCUAUAACCUUCCCAUUGAUUUUUACUUAACACAGUUUGACCUCCCUCUUAGCCGCCUUCCUGAUUACCUAGAGUUGAAUGCACAGUACUCUUGUCUAAACAGGGACCAUAGGAAGUUCCUAAGCGAAUUGUUACAGGAAAAGCAUAAAGUGUCAAUCGAAGAUUUUGAAUUUCUCCAUGUUAUCGGGAAAGGAGGAUACUCUAAAGUUGUAGCUGCACGGAAAAAUGAUAGCGGAAGGAUAUAUGCGAUCAAGAUUAUGGAAAAGACGCACAUCAAUUCCAAUUUCAUCAGCGAAAGCAUCGUUGUCAAUGAACGCAACAUUCACUUUAUGUUCACUAAUGACCCAUUUUUCAUCGAUAUCUAUUGGGCUUUUCAGGACAAGGAUCAUUACUAUCUAGUAACUGAGAUGUGAAUUGGAGGAAGUCUUUAUAAUUUACUCAGUACUCAUGAUCCACUUGAUGAAAACCUGAUCAGGUUCUAUGCAAGCCAGAUCUUGAUCAUGAUUAAGAGAAUGCAUGACAAGAAUAUUAUUUACAGAGAUCUUAAGCCUGAAAAUAUUUUAAUCGACUCAUCAGGAUAUUUAAAGCUUGCCGAUUUUGGCCUUGCCAAAAUCGUCUCAAGCUUGGACAAACUGAAUGAUACAUUUUGAGGCUCUCCUGAGUACAUGGCCCCAGAGAUGUUAUUAGGCGAUUCUCAUAACCUAACCCUAGAUUUUUAUACUUUCGGGUGUCUUCUUCAUGAAAUGGUAUCAGCAUUUCCACCCCAUUAUUCCCGGAAUCGGGAAGAGAUGAAUAAUAAGAUUAUGUUGAAUUCAGCAAAUCUAAAUUUUGACUGAAGUAAAGAGCUGAAACAGUUGAUCAACUGGUGAUUGCACAAGAAUCGAGAUUUAAGGCCUCAGUCAGUUGAGAAGUUAUGAGAUCAUGCAUUUUUCAAAGGGGUUGAUUGGGCUGAGAUUGAGGCUCGGAAUACCAAGGCCCCUUGGAUUCCCUCUCUUAUCAACCACUUUAACCCUAAAUUUACUGACAUCAAGAUCGUCAAUAAUACUAUAUGUGAGGAUGCUAAAGCAGACGAGAAUUUUAAUUCAAGGACUUCCGUUCGAAUCGAACGAGAAGAUUGUAAUGAAACAAUAAAGUUACUUCAAGAAGAAUCCAAAGACAAAGAGAAUGAAUUCUCAAAAUUAUUGGACUACAUAAACGGGAGUGCACUGCUCAAGGAAGUUUAUGCAUCCAACAACAUUAGGACGCCCAAGAGGGCAAGGGAGAACACUGCUGGAUUUGAAAUAGAGAAUUUACCGCUUGAAGAAGUCUACUUCCGCAAGUACUUCAUUGAUAUGUUCAAGAAGUCUAAAAAGCAGAAAUUAGAAGGCCUUGAUGGCUCCCUAAAUACUAUUAAAGAGAGUGACUCAAGUUUAGAGGUCUCUAAGUGCAAGGAGUAUGAUGAGAAGUACCUUGAUGGCACUGUUUCGGAAAUCCAAGAAGCGCCUAUUAUGAAGAUACAGUCUUUUGAUGAGGUCAAGCAGCGAACAACCUCUUUUGAUAGCGAAGUUGAUCCACAAGAGUUUGAGUUAGAGAGCUUUGAUGAGAGUCUUAGUGAAGAGGAUGAUCUGGAUAAUAAUUUCGGGCCUCAUAUUGAUCAGCUGCAUGAAAUUGAGCAGAAAAAUUUUGAGAGUACAUCCUAUUUGACUCCAUUAAUUGAGCCUCGAGAGCUAGAAACUCCUAAAAUUAAGGUACCUCUUGGAAAUAUUUUCGAAGAAGAGUAUUCCAAGGAAGAAGAAGGAUAUACUUUGAUAAAAAUCCAAGAAGCUGCAUCUGAAAAUUAUGACUCUUCUCAAAUAAUGGUUCAAAAAUUGAGUCCAAAGUACGAAGGAAAGCAUAACUUGAGUCCUAAUAAUUCGUAUGAAGAUUCACCCAUCAUAAAUAUAAUUCCUGCAGUAGAGCAGCCAGCACUUAAGAUUCAACGAAGUGCACAGGGUAUAGAGUCUGUUCGAAUCUCAGAAAGCUUCGGUGAUGCUACAGAAAAUCUUUUUCUGACUCCAUUAAAAGAAAGCAAAACAUUAUUUUAUGUGAACGAUUUGAGCAGUGUUGAGUCCUCUACAUCUCCACAUUCGAAUAAAAAGAGAGUUAGUCCUCGAAAGAAAAAGGUGAAGAACUCCUCAACAGUCUCUUCAACUAUCCAGUCUGUGUUUGAUAGAGACUCACUUAUUCCAGCUUACGGAAUUCCUUCAAACCGUUCUGGAUUCCAUCGGAUCAAUAACCAAAGCGAAGUAAUACAAGGUCAAUAUCAAAAGUUGAAUAAAUUUCUUACAGAGUCAACUCACAGUAAAAACACCUCUAUUAAGAAAAAGAAAAGUAAGAAAUUCAAGAAGAAAGUAGUCCGGUGACCUAGCCCUGUAAAAAGCUCUGAUAGUAAUCCCUUUGACUCUGUACUGCUGACCUCUCUCAUAAAAACCAUGAGGCUCUCUGAGAAAUAA